AUGAGGAACCUGAAAAAGACUUUAUUGCUGGUGUUCUUCGUCAACUUUUCCCCGGCAAAUAUGUUUUCCACAGACGAAGAGAUCUUUAUUUCUGACCCGUGCAAUCGGAGGACUAGAAGCUGCGCGCUUGCUUUGCGAUACUCCCAGUGUGCACAAGUGAUUAACAGAGAAACAGAGUGCAGUAUUAGAAGCGUCUGUUCCAAAUUGGAAUUCAAGCACGUCUACGAUCUGGCCUGUCGCGGACAGGAACUGCUGGAGUCUCUAUCCCGCAGCCUGGACCCAGCCUGCGUCAAGAAGCUGGAGUCUUCAGAAUGUGACCUGGGAAUGAACCCGAUGACCAUCUUCGACUACGGAAACAUCUCCAAACGGUUUCACCUGUGCGACAAGAUACAAGCCAGUCCCAUCGCUAAAUGUCUGGCCGGAAACGUUGACUAUAAUACACCAGACUGUACGCAAGAACAGUACGGCUCCAUUGUAAACGUUGUGUGUGCAGUUGGUGCUGGAAGGGCCCAUACCAUACGCCUAGAUAUGUGUUUACUGUGUGUCCCAGUGUGCACUUGUCUCUUCAUCGUGGCCACUCUCUCAAGACUAAUGCACCAAUUGUCAGUCACUGAAUUUGAAAUGCUUGUAGUCCUACACUGA